AUGGGGACAAAAGACCGGCUUGAGAAAUUGGCAACUACAAACGAAUCGGAAAUUGGAAACAUUGGAGAUAACGGAAAACGGAACUACAACACUACUGCCCAUGAUGGGUCAAUUGUUUUUAUUGAACAAAAGAUGUACGAUGAGACCGACGACGACGAUAACACUAAUGACGACUAUAAUGAGACUAUUGAGACUAAUGAAGAUGAUGAAGAUGACGACAACAACAACGAUGAUAAAAAUGACGACGACAACGACGAUGAUAGAAAUGACGAUGACAAUGAUGAUGAUGGAAAGGACGACGACAACGACGAUGAUAAAGACGGCGACGAUGAUGACAACGACGACAUACACUGCAGCAGAUCUCCAGAGCGGACCACACCAACAUCAGUGCAACUCCAUCACCGAUCCUCACUGAUCGACGCGUUGGACCUGGCCGUCGAUCGCAGGAUCGAAGCUUUCUGCGGGCCAAUGCAACUACGGCAUAAACUUGCAGUUCAUAUCCAGUCAUCUCCAGAGAUCAAUAUUCUCCCACCCAAGUAUGGCGGAGUGAACACUAUCCGGCAAGUGCAAUCAAAAAUGACUGAAUUCCCAAGUGGACCUGCACGCAGAUCACUUUGGAAGAGGUCCAAAAGACGGGUCUGGAAAUGUUUCGUGAAAGUGGCACGUAGAAUAUGUUUCUGCCAAAGUAUUGUGAACGUGGAAUAAUUUAUGUUCAACCUUCUAUGCUAGAAUUACCAGUAGUUACCACAGUCAGCCUGCAGUAUUAUUGGAAUACCGUUAACGUUUCAGAUAGCUGGUUUGCACAUUUUUUAUUAACUUUUUUCGAACCUAUUGUUUUUUAAAUUACAACUUUUUUUAAUUCUUUGUAUUUGUGUGCACACUUUAGUGUACAUUAUUUAUUGCUUUUAGAACAUAUAUUUUUUUACCUCUU